AUGAGUGCACUUGAUUUGACUUCCAUCCUCGAUUUUCUGGAAACAGCCAACUUGACGGAGAUCAACUGGACGUGCAACAACGGUGACUGCAUCACAGUUGAUGCGACAACAUGCCCUGGCACGCUCAACAAAAGUGCCCUGCUAUACACCCUGUCCUUCUUCUACAUCUUCAUCUUCGUCAUAGGGCUGGUGGCCAACUCCGUUGUUGUGUGGGUCAACCUCCAAGCCAAAAUGACUGGCUAUGAAACCCACCUCUACAUCUUUAAUUUGGCUAUUGCCGAUCUGUGUGUUGUUAUCACCCUUCCCGUCAUCUUCUUUCUGGCAUGCAUGAGUGUGGACCGCUACCUCUCAGUUGCCUAUUUCACCAAUUCCAGCAAUCGCAAGAAGAAGAUAAUCCGUCGCUGCAUCUGCAUCUUAGUGUGGCUUCUUGCCUUCUCUGCAUCUCUCCCAGACACCUAUUAUCUCAAGACGGUCUCUUCCAACAAUGAAACCUAUUGCCGUCCCGUCUAUCCAGAGGAGAGUUUCAAAGAGUGGUUGAUUGGCAUGGAGCUUAUCUCUGUCGUGCUGGGCUUUCUUAUCCCUUUUCCAAUCAUUGCUCUCUUUUAUUUCCUCCUUGCGAAGACCAUCUCCUCCUCCAGUGACCAAGAGAGGAAAAGCAAUGGGAAGAUCAUUUUCUCCUACGUUGUUGUGUUUCUCGUCUGCUGGCUACCCUACCAUGUAGCUGUCCUGCUUGACAUCUUCUAUAGCCUUCAUUUCAUACCUUUCAGUUGUCAGAUGGAGAACUUUUUAUAUGCUACUCUUCACAUCACUCAGUGUUUCUCUCUAGUCCAUUGCUGCGUCAACCCCAUUCUGUACAGCUUCAUUAACCGCAACUACAGAUAUGAGCUCAUGAAGGCCUUUAUUUUCAAGUACUCUGCCAAAACUGGUCUCACUAAACUUAUCGAUGCUUCCAGAGUGUCAGAAGCAGAAUACUCUGCUCUGGAGCAAAAUGCCAAAUAA